AAAGACAAACAACACACAUACAAUGUCACAAGAAAACAAACGAGCAUUCAUUUCUCCGACCUAAACCCCCCUCAUUUCUCUCUCCCUCCCCCUCUCGGCAUUUAAUCUCUCUCCUCCUCCUCCUCCUCGGCUGUCUUAAAUGAAUUCUUCAGUUUCAUCUUACAUUUAAUUUUAUCUCGUAUUUCCCGAGGCAGUUCUGUAAGAAGACUACUACUCCACAACAAACAUGCCUUUCUAUGUCUUCUUCUGAUUGUUCCUUUGUGCUUGUUGAGCUUCAAUUAGGGCUUUGAAUUUAUAUUGUUAUGAAUUCAGCUUCAUUUUGAAUGGUUGAAUCAUCAUUAUGCCUAGUAUUCGAGCUCCUGCUGCUAAGAAAACUACCACUCUUACUGUUGCUGUGAAGUGCAGGAGGCCUGCAGGAAAUGAAAGAGGUCUUAAUAUUGUAAGAGUCAACGAUGAUAAGGAGGUACUUGUUUUGGAUCCUGAUUUGUCUAAAGGCUACCUUGAUCGAAUUCAAAACCGGACCAAAGAGCGUAGAUAUUCUUUCGACCAUGCGUUUGGCCCCGAGUCCAAGAAUCUGGAUGUCUACAUGAGAGGUAUAUCUUCUACAGUUGCAGGAGUCAUUCAGGGGCUGAACGCUACGAUUUUUGCUUAUGGCUCCACCGGAAGUGGCAAGACAUAUACAAUGGUUGGGACUAGAGAUGAUCCAGGAUUAAUGGUACUCAGCCUACAUACAAUUUUUGAUCUUAUCAAAAAGGACAAUAGCUCUGAUGAUGUUCAAGUGACCUGUUCUUACCUUGAAGUCUACAAUGAAGUUAUCUAUGAUUUGCUAGUAAGAUCAUCUGGUCAUUUGGAGCUUAGAGAGGAUCCGCAAAACGGGAUAGUUGUUGCUGGACUUAGAUCUAUCAAGGUGAACUCGGCGGAUAGGAUUCUAGAACUUCUAAAUCUGGGUAACAGUCGACGGAAAACAGAAAGCACAGAAGCUAAUGAGACAUCCUCACGAUCACAUGCAGUUUUGGAGAUAACAGUGACUAAAAAACAAAAAAACAAAUAUUGUAAUCAAGUUAUUAGAGGAAAACUUGCACUUGUGGAUCUUGCUGGCAGUGAGCGUGCUUCUGAAACACAGAGUGGAGGCCAAAAGCUGAGAGAUGGUGCAAAUAUUAAUCGCUCACUCCUUGCUUUGGCAAACUGCAUUAAUGCUUUGGGGAAGCAGCAAAAGAAGGGUCUAGCAUAUGUCCCCUACCGCAAUAGUAAACUUACACGGAUUCUUAAAGAUGGUCUGAGUGGUAAUUCUAAAACGAUCAUGAUUGCAACCGUAUCACCUGUGCAUAGUCAGUACCAUCACACUGUGAAUACAUUGAAAUAUGCUGACCGAGCAAAAGAAAUUAAGACACACAUCCAGAAAAAUAUUGGCACAAUUGAUACCCAUGUAUCGGACUACCAGCGGAUGAUUGACAACCUUCAGAUAGAGGUUGGUCGGCUAAAGGAAGAACUUGCAGAAAAAGAGUCACAGCUUGUUACUAAACCUACUGAAAAAGCUUCAGAUGAUGAACUCUCCUGGUUGAAUUUAUUAAGCCAAGAAACCACUGAAAAUGUUCAGGAGCGAAUAAAUUUACAGAAGGCCUUAUUUGAGCUUGAGGAGACUAAUCUUCGCAAUCGCAUUGAAUUGCAACAUCUUGACGAUGCUAUUGCCAAGCAACAGGGAACUGAGAGUGAUGGAACAGUUGUGCAGGCAUUAGGGUCAAGGAGACAAGUAAUACUCGACAAUAUCCGUGACAAUGAUGAAACUGACGUCAAUUACCAACGAGAAAUUGAAGCAAAUGAGAAGCGGCGUUGUCAACUACAAGAGAUGAUUGAAGAAGCGAUUAGUAACAAUGGAAAUAAAACCUACUUGCGCAUUCUAAGUCAAUACAGACUCCUGGGGAUGGCGAAUACUGAGCUUCAAUUUGAAAUGGCAAUGAGGGAUCAAAUCAUUUAUAACCAGCAGGAAACACAGAGAAACAUGUGGAAUGUACUAAUGGGUUUAGGACUUGAAGAAAAACAGAUAUUAGAGGCUGCUACUAAGCAAGGGAUACUGAUAGAAGAUGCAACAAUGUCGUCUUAUCAGGGAUUGUCUGAUAGGAAGCAAUCACAAAAUACAAGAAGUUGUAUUUCCCUGCCCUACUCUUCUACGAGUACACAGUCCUUUUCUAGAUCAUCUUGCAUGUUUCAACAAAGUGAAGACGACAGUGGCAGGCCAUUCUCCAAAGAGAAUCCGAACAUGCCUCGCACAAUUUGCAGAGAGGAGCACCACAGUUCAUAUUAUUACAUGACUAGGGACAACUGCCCAUCUGCAUUGAUGAGGCCGAGGAAGAGUACUGAGCACUUUCUUAACGACCCAAGUUCAGAGUCUGUGACACCUUGUAAAUACACUCCAGAGUUGCAUGAUAUACACCAACACAUGAGAACCAUGUCAUCAUCGUACUGUGGAAGCCCUACACAAACUUCUUCUUUCAAAUCUGAUUUCUGGCAGCACCAAAAGAAGGCCAUGACUAGCAUUACAAGACAAAAACCACAUGCCAGUUAUGCUGCUGGAUCCGGUGCUAAUCAGGGCCUAGAUGGUGGAUUGAUGAUGCAUAAAGGCUGCUCUGCCCGUGGUCAGAUUAUGUCCAACCCGAUAGAACAAGUUCCUACGCCUACGUCUAAUCAUAUAUUUCCAAACACUGCUCCUCGAGACUUGUCAAAUAUGUCCCAGAUCCCUUCUUUUGCUAGUUCCAGGUAAAUAUAUCUUGUCAAUGUCCCAGUUCCAAUCUUUGAUUCUCACACCUCAAGUUUUGCAGAGCCUAGGACUUGUAGGGUUCCAUCGUUCCUCCUCCCUCUUGUACCAAAUGUACAUGUAUUUAGCAUGGUAGAACCUUUAGAAUAGUGACAGUGGGUCCCAUAUCGUUCAUAUCAGCAAAAAAAAAAGGUCGGAGAAAUAUGAUGCGGAUGUCAGAAGUUUAGAUAAUAGUGGGUAUUAUAUUAUAUUUAUUUCAUGUUCUGAUAGUCUAGAGUAUUCAAAUGUUGUUGUUUUAACAAUUUUUACUUUGUAUACAAUGCGAGGGAGAUUAAGGUGACGGAGAGAAAAUAUUAAGAAAAACUUACUCCAUUUUACAGUUUGCA